GAGUCGCGCCACGGGCGGAGGGCAGCGCGGGGCACCCGGGCUGGGUCGGGCGCCGCGAUGGGACUGCGGGCGGUGGGACUGCUGCUGCUGGUUACGCUGCUGACAGUGCCCGGAAGCGACGCAGAGGUCUGCGGAGAAGGAGAGUACUUAUAUGAGGACAUUUGCUGCAUGCUGUGCCCGGCAGGUACUUACGUUGCUCAACACUGCAGGAUUCCACAUUCAAGGGGAAAAUGUGCCUCUUGCACUGAAGGAAGAGAUUACACCGCCCAUGCGAAUGGCUUGGAAGAAUGUUUACUAUGUAGACAAUGCAAAGACGAUCAGAUAACUUUGAGAACCUGUACUGUGACCAGUGACACUGAGUGCCAGUGCCACCAGGGGUACUUCUGCCCUGCUGAAGGCUGUGAAAUAUGUCAGAGAUGCACUGAAACGUGUCCAGAAGGGAGAGAAAUUGUGCAGAUUUGCAAUGCUACAAUGGACCUAGGAUGUGGCUUACCUGAUCAAGGAAAUAAAUAUUUUGCUUGGAUGAUUAUAGGAAUUUUCGCUGCUGUUGGUUUUGCUGGUUUGCUUGCCUUCUGCGCAAUAAGGAAAUGUAAGAGUGCUAAAGCUACUUUAUCUGACAAAGCAGAGAGAGGCCCGGAGGAUGAAGAUAAUAUGCUUUUACAAGAAGUGAAGGUAAUCCGAAAUAAUGCAUCCCAUCCAGAUAAUGAGAACUCUGGUGAGAGCCCAGAGGGCCAAGCAUACAAUGAUGUUAAUUCAGAAGUGAAAAACACAUCUCCAGAGGAAAAUAGUGCUGUGUCUUAUGAGAGAGGCACUAUCCCACAGAAGAACUUGUGGUGCCAAACACGAGAAUGUUGGAAGAGGAUCAAAAACUAUUCAUCAUCUCCAAAAAAUAGAUGUAAUUCUACUCUUCAGCCAAACACCCAGUGUAAAGUAAGUGGUGUUAGGAUGCCAGCCUACUGUAUGGUACAAAAGCAGAAGUAUCAAAUAAGUAUUAAAGAUCUCACUCAGAAAGAAGCGAGAGAUUGCUUUUUUGCUUUUAUAAAGGAAGUACCAGUGAAAAAAUGGAGGAAGCUUAUGAGAACUCAUCUGGAGGAAAAUGAUAUUGAUAAAAUUAUAUAUAACUGGCCUAAUGACAUAGACGAACAAUCUUAUCAGAUGCUCCUCAUGUGGAAAAACAAAAUGGGGGAGAAACAAUCUAUUAUUAAGUUACUAGAUGAGCUAUGGGAUAUAGAUACCAGGGCUUACAGUAAUAUAGUCCACACUUUAACAAGUAAUAACAUUAUAAGUAAAAAAGAAGCUACAGCUUAACAUUUCCAAUGAACUUCAGAAAUGUUUCGGUAUAUAUAUAUAGGAAGUGUGUAUAAAUAAGGAUGUCAUAAGCUGCUGGCAACAGUGGCACUGUGGAUGUGAUGCCCUUCAUACCUGCACACAGGGGCUGGAAGUCGUUUAACACAGCCUGUGCUGACUUGUGACAGGACUCCGGCAGCAAUAUUUGCUCUUUUUUUUUCCUUUUUUUUUUUUUUUUUUUGGAGUUGUACAAUGUGAAACUCAGGUACCAGCGGCAAUUCAGGGGCUCCGAGCUUCAGUUUGCCUUUCCUACGUGAAGCUGUGAGGAAAGAAGCUGCCUUUCCUGUGCUCUGUGGAGCCGAGGACUCCUGCUGCAGUUUCUGACUGAACUGCCUUAUUUUUGUUUACGAGAUAAUCGCAUUUCAUUUGUGGUGGGAGCACGUGGCAUGCGAAAUGUUCUGUCCAAAGUACGGCAAUAAAAACACACUGAAGAAA